AUGGCCACUCUCCACGACUAUGCUACACCAUCAGCCCGUCGUGCUGACUCGCGAGGGAGUGAAGGCUUUGAUAUCUUUGAUAGUGAUAGUGAUAGGAUGGGUUGGGUAUUUAACCAGCGACCAGCGGUAUGCAGUAACCGCCGGUUAAUAGGCCUUUUAGCACAGUGGUUUAGACCACUGCCUCUGAAGGGCACUGUUAUAUCGUCCCAAUGCUGUGAUAGGAUGGGUUGGGUAUUUAACCAGCGACCAGCGGUAUGCAGUAACCGCCGGUUAAUAGGCCUUUUAGCACAGUGGUUUAGACCACUGCCUCUGAAGGGCACUGUUAUAUCGUCCCAAUGCUGUCUCGAGCUCCCAGAGACUUUGAAGCGUCACGGCUUCCUAACAACGAAUCGAGAGGACUCUAUCGAGUUCGACGGAUUAGGACAGAGAAGAGCGGGAGUUGGAGGCAGUGCUGCAGUAGGUAGGGACGGGUUUUCCCCUUUCGAGAUUUCCCCACUGGGUUUGCUCAAAGCGGUUUUUCACCUGUCCGAGUAUAGGAGACACGAUCCAUUAGCACCAGAGCCCCUAGAUUUCCACGAGACAUCCAUCGAGUUCGACCCAACCUGCGACCUAGUCGUCGUGUUUCCAGUACCGUUACAAGUUGAAGAAUCAGCCUUACGCACCUUGGGUCGAAUCGGAGAGUACUGUAUGCUCACCAGAGGGAAAGCGCGGAAAAUGAUACCAGAAAAAGAGGAGUUGGAACAAGGGCUGGUCCCAGAGGAAGAAAUACCAACAAGUUCUUCGAGAAGUACCAUUUCACAUGAUCUCACUUCUACCACCACUACCCCAGAUCCGCUAAAUGAAUUAUCGCAGCAGUUGUCACAAUUGUUAGCCAUUAUGACGAUGCAACAAAAGGAACAAAAUGCAUUAAGGGAAGAACUGGCUACGAUGAAAGCUGACCGACAGAACCAACAGAUACUCACAUCGAAAGGGGCAAGUUCGAUCGAAGUCGAAGAAAACAAGCCGUGUUUGGAGCCAAAACUUACCAACAACGAACGAACAGGAAGAACCAGGUGUGCGGAUCCACCUACCUUCAGUGGAGAACGAGGAGAAUUGGACAACUUCCUUGCAGCAUGUCACAUGAACUUCGAGUUCAAAGGGGCAGAGUACGCCACCGAUCGCAGAAAGAUCCUGUUCAUGUACGGGUAUCUUCGAGGCACCCCUCAAAUGCUUAUAACCCCGGCCAUAACCAACCCAAUGGUAAAUAACACCGACCCUCGAACCAAAUCGGACUGGAUCUAUUUCAAACAGCAUGUGAUAGGGACUGAGGAGAACCAACGGAUGGCUGAAACGAUGAUUGCAGCGAAUCGAUGGGCUGCUAGACGCAAACAUGAGACGACCUGGCUUCCCCCUCGAUCGAAUUCGAUGCGAUUGGAUACUAGUUCGCCCAACCCGGUAGAACGCCACUCACAAUCGACUGGUAGAGGACCCUUGCCCGGUGGAAAACCAGGGAUGAUGAAUUAUGGUCUACCAAAUGACCCUCCGGUCACUUGGACAGAGGACGGAGGACGUCUCAGGGAGAACGAAAUGAUUUGGAGGAGGGAGAACCGACGUUGUCUCAAAUGUAGAAGUCCAGAACAUUACGCCAACAACUGUCCAAAUGGAGGAAAUACGAGAAACAACAUUAGGGGAUCCCCAAACCCGCAUAGCUCACCAAUUCCUAGUGGAUCGAACUCGAUCCCAACCGGAUCCAAAGGGCCAUUAGUUCGAGGAAUGGCGGUGACCUUUGAAGAAGAGGGAAACGAAUACCUGGCCUAA